AUGCUGUUCCCGGCUCGGCCAGGAGAAGAGCCGAUGAUAGCCUUCCCGUUGGUGCUUCCAAUGGGCUGGAAGGAGUCACCGCCAAACUUCAGCGCCGCUACAGAGACAGUGGCAGACAUUGCCAAUGACCACAUAGCCGACAAUCAACACCGACCUCCUCAUCAUCGCCUAGAGGUGGUAUCCGAGUCCCCACCUCCAGAUGACGAAAAACCAACGACAUCGCCAAACGAGAACAGUCCAGCUCUACCACAACCGACGUGUCAACCGUAUCCGUCCGGCCACCGAACGAAACCCACUCACUAUUGGGACGUGUACGUGGACGAUUUCAUUGGCUUGACACAAGGCAACAAAUGGCAACGACGUAGGACCAAGAGAAUCCUACUCCACGCAUUAGACACGGUCUUCCGAGGAUUGGACCCCAAUGACACACCACACCGACAAGAGCCAGCGUCAGUCAAGAAGCUACGGAAAGGCGACGCCUGUUGGACAACUCGAAAGGUCAUACUGGGUUGGAUAUUGGACGCAUUGUCCAAGACGAUAGAGCUACCCCAACACCGGAAGGACCGACUCAUCGAAAUCUUAGAGAGCAUCCAGCCAACACAACGACGGAUUGCCGUGAAGCAGUGGCACAAGGUCCUUGGGGAACUGAGAUCCAUGGUGAUCGCGAUCCCAGGUGCACGAGGCCUCUUCUGCACCCUACAAGAAGCCUUUCGUCAUCAGGAGGAAUCCAGUCACCGCCUCCGUCUCACCAAGCAAGUCCAUGACUUCUUGGCCGACUUCAAAUGGCUGGCCCACAGCAUCAACGAACGGCCCACGCGAUUAGGCGAGGUGGUCCCUCACCACAAUCCAUCCACCAGGGGCGCAUUUCAACGCCAAGGUCGAACGGAAUCUGUCCUCAUUCGAAAAUCCGAAAGGACCGAUCACGAACAGUGA